AUGGGUCCUACACGCCUCUUUCUCAUAGCUCUAGCUUCAACAGCUACGGCAUUGUACAUCAAUGGCAGUGUUGUGGCACCCUGUGACUCUCCAAUCUACUGUCAUGGAGAGAUCCUUCGUCAGAUCGAGCUUGCACGACCAUUUCAGGACUCGAAAACUUUCGUAGACCUACCUACAAUCCGGCCUCUUGAGGAAGUCAUUGCGGCCUUCAAUGACCUCCCUAAGCCUCUCAGCAACAACACUGAGCUGCAGGAGUUUUUGACAACAUACUUUGGCGAAGCAGGCUCCGAGAUUGCUCCAGUCCCGGAAGAUGAGCUGUCGACAAACGCUACCUUCCUCGAUCACGUGAACGAUACAGUGGUCCGAGACUUCGUAGCAGCCGUCGUAGACAUCUGGCCUAAUUUGACUCGCAAUUAUGUGGGCGCCUCUAACUGCUCUGGAUGCGUCGACUCUUUCAUUCCCUUGAACCGCACUUUUGUGGUUGCAGGAGGUCGCUUCAGGGAAGCGUACUACUGGGACUCAUUCUGGAUUAUUGAGGGUCUCUUACGUACUCAAGGCUCGUUUACGGAGAUUGCUCUCAAUAUCAUUGAGAACUUUCUCGACCUUGUUCGGGACAUUGGCUUUGUACCGAAUGGAGCUCGGAAGUACUAUCUCAAUCGAAGUCAGCCGCCGCUUUUAACGCAGAUGCUGUCUGUCUACAUGGACUAUGUCGGUAACGACACAAGCAUCCUGGAGCGGGCACUUCCGAUACUUGAGCAGGAGUACGCUUUUUGGACAAGAAACAGGAGUGUGACAGUCGAGACGCCCAAUGGCGCUUACACGCUCAAUCAUUACGCGGUGGAGAACACCCAACCUCGUCCAGAGUCGUACAGAGAGGACUAUGUCACCGCCAACAACCGCUCUUACUACGCAGAGUCCGGCAUCAUCUAUCCGGAGAACAAUCCUCUCAACGAGACUGAGCGUGCCGAGCUCUAUGCGAAUCUCGCCUCAGGCGCUGAGUCAGGCUGGGACUAUUCCUCACGCUGGCUUAGAACCCCAGCUGACGCCGCGAACGACGUAUACUUUCCCUUGCGCUCCUUGAACGUUAUCAACACCGUGCCCGUCGAUUUGAAUUCCAUCCUCUACAUGAACGAAAUCAGCCUUGCGACCUACAGCUCCAUGGUCGGCAACGAGUCCGCUGCCGCUCACUACAACGAGUUGGCAGCUAACCGCAGCGCCGCAAUGUACGCUCUGAUGUGGAACUCGACGUACAACAGCUACUUCGACUACAACCUAACCUCGUCGUCCCAAAACCGCUACACUGUCGCCGAUCCCGACGAGACGCCUUCCGAAGCCUCCGGCGCACCACCCGGCUAUCAGGUCGCAUUCAGCGCGGCGCAGUACUACCCCUUCUGGACUGGUGCCGCACCCGCCCACCUCAAGAACAAUCCGCUCGCCGUCCGGCUUGCCUACCAGCGCGUACAGGAUCUACUCGAGCAGAAAGCCGGCGGCAUCCCCGCCACGAACCUUAUAACCGGCGAACAGUGGGAUCAACCCAAUGUCUGGCCACCGCUUAUGUACAUCCUGAUCGACGGCCUACUCAACACGCCUCCCACGUUCGGGGCCGACGACCCGGACUAUGUCACCACGCAGCAGCUGGCGCUCGACCUCGCGCAGCGCUACCUGGACAGCACGUUCUGCACCUGGCGGCAGUCAGGCGGCGCCACGCCGGGGCUGGAGCCCGUCGAGGGCGUGCAGGGCGAGGGCAUCAUGUUUGAGAAGUAUGCGGAUAAUGAUACGUCAUCUGCAGGUGGUGGAGGCGAGUAUGAGGUAGUAGAGGGCUUUGGGUGGACCAAUGGGGUGCUCAUCUGGAUUGCAGAUCUCUUUGGCGCGAACUUGACGCAGCCGGACUGUGGGAACCUAGCACCGGUAAAUUCGACGCUUGAAGAGAAGAAAAAGAGGAGGAGUAGGAGGAGUGCGUUGGAGUUGCAUCCGGCGGACGCGAGGUUUGUGAAGAAGUGGGCCAAGUAG